AUGGGCAACAAGCAGACCACCUUCACUCUGGAGCAGCUGGACGCGUAUCAGGACACAACAUUUUUCACCAAGAAAGAAAUUCUCAGGUUGUUUUACAGGUACCGUGAUUUGGCCCCUCAGCUGGUCCCGCCCGACUACACAAACAAGCCCUACGUGAAGCUGCCCUACGAACUGAUUGGCAGCAUGCCUGAGCUGAAGGAUAACCCCUUCCGGCAACGGAUCGCUGAGGUGUUCUCUGAGGAUGGGGAGGGCAACAUGACCUUAGACGAUUUCCUGGACAUGUUCUCCGUGAUGAGCGAAAUGGCUCCCCGGGACCUCAAGGCUUACUAUGCCUUCAAAAUAUAUGACUUUAACAAUGACGACUACAUCUGCAAGUCUGACUUGGAGAAGACUGUUAACAAGCUGACGCGCAAAGAACUGACCCCAGAGGAGGUGAACCUGGUGUGUAACAAGGUGCUUGACGAGGCAGACAUGGACAACGACGGGAAGCUCUCCUUGGAGGACUUCCAGCACAUGAUUGUGCGAGCACCUGACUUCCUCAGCACUUUCCAUAUUAGAAUCUGA